AAUAUUCACUUAUAUUUUUUGUAUUUUUUUUUUUUCACUCCUACUCUGGCUUCCGGACGCCAAGACGAGACCGCUGCCGCCGAAUUUAAAGAGACAGGCUAUAGUUAUUUUAAAUAACGACAACCAUUGUGUUCGAGCUUAUUUUCCGACGCUUCGUGUGCUUUCGCUUCAGUUCGACGGUGAUGUUCGGUCAAACUCGCAGCGAGUAGCAGCUUGUCUGUCAUCAGCCUCCACUCUCUGCUGAGUUUCCCCGUCCUUUUUUUUUCCGCCUGUGUGUGUGUGUGUGUGUGUGUGUGUGUGUGUGUGUGUGUGUGCGCCGAGAGACUGUCCAGUCAAGCAAAGUAGGAUUGCUCGCUGGGGUAGGCAGGCAGGCAGGCUGGCUUUCCGACCGAGAGGAGCAAGGUUUGUCGCCUAGCCAACAACUGGAGGUAACAUCGAAGCUUCCCCUCUCUUCAAGUUGUGGUAGCGGCUCUCGAGCCUCCCGUCGCCGGGGAUAAUGGCGAAGAUUCAAGCGCACAGCGCCGCGAAGCAAAUAAACCAAAUUCAAGACAAGCCUUACGUUAUAACACAAAAGCAAGUGCAGCAGCAGCACUUCCAGAAGCUGAAGGUCGAAGAUGCGUUGUCGUACCUGGACCAAGUCAAAAUUCGAUUUGCGAACGACCCUGGCAUCUACAACAAGUUUCUCGACAUCAUGAAAGAGUUCAAGUCACAAAGCAUCGACACACCCGGGGUCAUAAACCGCGUGUCCCAACUGUUUCACGGACACCCAGACCUGGUCUUGGGCUUUAACGCCUUUCUGCCGCCCGGCUAUCGAAUAGAGGUCCCUAAGAAUGGGAUAGCUUUCCUUCAGUCUCCAUUCUCCACACAGGUAUCUCCAGGACAGCAGGGGAAAAGCCUGACCACUUCUUCAGUAGCCGUGACCCCAGGUCCUGCUUCCGCUGUCCACACCGAGGCAGGCCCAGCCCAGUCCAGUGAAGUUAAAGCAGCCUCAUCGGAGUCCUUGUCUUCAGUCUUGACGGGACCUCCAGAACCUCCCAGCCGGCUCUCUCUUCCCCUGACGAGCAGAGAAGGCCAGACUCAAGCCACCACCUCGUCCGUGUCCCCACCUGCUUCGGAGACCAGCCCCGUCGAGUUCGACAGUGCCAUCAGCUACGUAAACAAGAUUAAGAACCGUUUCCUGGACCGCCCAGAGAUUUACAGAUCCUUCCUAGAAAUUCUUCACACAUACCAGAAAGAGCAGCUGGAGGUGAAGGAGAGUCGCGGCAGUCGAGGAAGUUGUGGGAUGACUGAGGAUGAGGUGUUUUCAAAAGUUGCCAGUCUCUUCAAGGGACAAGAAGACCUGCUUGCUGAGUUUGGACAGUUCUUGCCUGAUGCCAAGAGAUCGCUGUUUACAGGGAGUUCGCUGACAGGGGGGAAAGAGCAGCUGAAGAAAUCGGAGGAAGAGGACCUGAUAACCAAACAGAACAAAAAGAGGCCCAGGCCAAUUCUCAUGCACAUGUCUCCACUGCUGAAGAAAAAGAUGAGGUAUACCUGCACCAAAGAUCAGUCCUUUGCUUCUGUUGGGAAACACGGUGUCUUAAGAGAAUUUUCCUUCUUUGAUAAGGUUCGUCGCCUGUUUAAAAGUCAGGAAGUGUACGAGAACUUCCUACGAUGCAUUGCCUUGUUCAACCAGGAAGUAGUUUCUGGAGCAGAGCUGCUGCAGCUGGUCACGCCUUUCCUGGGGAAGUUUCCUGAGCUGUACACACAGUUCAAGUCAUUUUUGGGGGACAAAGAGCUCACUCAUGCUGUGUCGGGGCUGUCGGAUCGUUACAUGGAAGGGGGAGGGGGCAGGGAGGUGGAUUAUGCAUCUUGCAAGCGGCUGGGCUCCAGCUACAGAGCAUUGCCCAAAACCUACCAGCAGCCGAAAUGCAGUGGACGCACUGCCCUUUGCAAAGAGGUAUUGAACGACACCUGGGUGUCAUUCCCCUCCUGGUCAGAGGACUCCACCUUUGUUAGCUCCAAGAAGACUCCAUAUGAGGAACAGCUGCAUCGCUGUGAGGAUGAAAGAUUUGAGUUGGACGUUGUUCUGGAGACAAACUUGGCCACCAUCAGAGUGUUGGAGAGCGUACAGAAGAAGCUGUCUCGCCUGUCGCCGGAAGACCAGGAGAGGUUCAGAUUAGACGACUGCCUGGGCGGCACCUCAGAGGUCAUCCAGCGCCGUGCUGUGUAUCGUAUCUAUGGCGACAAAGCCCCUGAGAUCAUUGAGGGACUGAAGAGGAGUCCUGCCACCGCUGUGCCUGUAGUGCUGAAGAGAUUGAAAGCCAAGGAGGAGGAGUGGAGGGAGGCCCAGCAGGGCUUCAAUAAGAUCUGGAGGGAGCAGUACGAGAAGGCCUACCUGAAGUCCCUGGACCACCAAGGGGUCAACUUCAAACAGAACGACAUGAAGGCACUGAGGUCCAAGAGUCUUCUCAAUGAGAUUGAAAGCAUCUAUGAUGAGCGUCAGGAGCAGAGCACGGAAGAAGGUGGAGUUGGUCACCAGAGCCGUAAUGGUUCCGGCUCGGCCUCGCCCAGCGAACCUCACAUGAUGUUCACCUACGAGGAUAAGCAGAUCCUCGAAGACGCUGCCGCCCUCAUCAUCUACCACGUCAAACGUCAGCCCGCCAUACACAAGGACGACAAGGACCACAUCAAGCGCAUCGUCCAGCACUUUGUCCCCGACCUCUUCUUUGCUCGUCGUGGCGAGCUCAGCGACACGGAGGACUGGACAGACGAGGAGGUGGAGCCCGAGGAAGCAGGAGAACGAGGAGGAGGAGGAACUGCAGCAGCGGGAGGUGCAGGGGGAGGAGGAAAUGGUAACUCAAGCAAUGGAUCAGGAGUAGCAGCAGCAGCAGCCACAGGAAGUCAGUCUCAACCCCAGGUAACCCAGACCCAGCCGCAGCAGCAACUCAACGGUGAGUCCAGGAGGAGGCGCUGCAGCCCAUCACAAUCCACAGAGAUGGAGCCCUGCAGCACCUCCAGCAGCACGAGCCAGCCCACAGGGACCAUCACACCCACCCCUGGCUCCAUACCCAUGGAGGCGAGUUCUGGCGUGCCCGGGGAGAAAGUGGACCUUCGCGACCCCGAAGCAGAACACCAGAAGGAGAUGGAUGGUGUCUACAACCUUUUUUUAGUUAACAACAACUGGUAUUUCUUUUUGCGCCUGCACCAGACUUUGUGUUCGCGUUUGCUGCGUGUUUAUCGGCAAGCUGAGCGUCAGCUGCUGGAGCACCGAGCGGAGCAGAGCCGGGAGAGGCUGCUGAUGGCAGAAGGAAGGAGGGAAAAGGCUUGUGACCUGGCCAUGGAGCUCCGCCUCAAACAGCCCAGCGAAGUAGAGCUGGAGGAGUACUACCCAGCCUUCCUGGAUAUGGUGCGCAGUCUCCUAGAUGGAAACCUGGACUCUACGCAGUACGAAGACACGCUGAGAGAGAUGUUCACCAUCCACGCCUACAUCGGCUUCACCAUCGACAAAGUCAUCCACAACAUCAUCCGGCAGCUGCAGCACCUGGUGAGCGACGAGGUGUGUCUGCAGGUGGUCGAUCUUUACCUGGCUGAGAGGAAGAGGGGGGCAGCAGGUGGGAACCUGUCCUCUCAGUGUGUUCGAUCGGCUUGGGAGACGAGCUACCAGUGGAAAGCUGAGAGGAUCAUGGCCGAGGAGAACUGCUUCAAGGUGAUGUUCAUUCAAAACAAAGGUCAAGUAACGUUGACCAUUGAGCUGCUGGACACAGAGGAGGCUCAGGCUGACGAUCCACUAGAUGUUCAGUGCCUGUCGAGCUACAUGGAGCAGUUUGUAGGAACAGAGUCCAGUUUGUGCUCUCAAGCAGAGGGCUACUUCUUCAAACCUGUUUUUCUGCCCAGGAACCUGCGUCGUUUCCGCCGCUGGCAGGUGCGGCAGGUUGAGGCGAUGCGAUGCAGGAGAGAGUGGCACCGCCAGCUGGCCGUGGAAAACGCCGGCAGUCUGGACUGUCGAUUUAAACUCAACACUCACAAGAUGGUGUUUGUCAUGAACUCAGAGGACUACAUGUACCGCCGAGGGGCUCUGGUCAAGGCCAGGAAGUCGCAGCACGAAGUGGCAGCGAGCCAACACGAACACUUUGACAAGUGGCACCAGAUCUGGCUGGCUGAUCACGUCACAGCUUCCGCUGAGCGCUCGGUGCACAACUGGCUGAUGGGCGAGGAGGAGGAGGACUUCAUCCCCUGCAAGACUACCCGCCUUUCCACUGAGGUGAAAGGACAGAUGGUCAACAGAUACCAAGUUCAUUACAGCAGUAGCAAAGCCCCCUCCUCACCUUAAAGCAAUGGACACAAGGGACGCACUCUGACAGCUUAAUGCAUGGACUUACAGGACAUCUGUACACUAAACACAGACACCAACAGCUACAGUGGAAGUUCCUCUGCCUUCAUCCACAACGUGCUCACUCAUUCAGCUGCACUUGUGGAUGAACGAACCGGCAGAAAACGAGCGAACCGGUGAACGAGUGCACAGCGCGAGGAGCGAAGAUGUGGAGAUGAGGACCAGCUCACAGCGAGGCUCUCCCUGAACGUGGACUCCCAUCAGUCGGACACGACGGCACAAACGGAGCUCAUCUGCAGCAUCUUCGAGCAGGACGGUUGAUCAGGUGAGACGUUAUGAGAUAAUGGAAACUAUUUCAGAAAUGUGAAUGUCUGUUUUCUUUUUUAUGUUGGGUGUAGUUUUUAGCUUCUAAAGCCGGAGAGCCUUCUUUCUGCCUGUUGGUUGAAAAUAUGUUUGUUUAAAUGCAGAGAUGAAGGUAAAUGUGUGUAUGUGUUUCCUGCUCUCUUCGUUUUGUUUGUAAGCCCAGAACAGGGUCCACAACUAUAGUAUCUGCAUUAUUACUGUAUGUGCAUAUAUACAGGGAUCCUGUAUUUUUAUAUAUGCAUCUACAUGAAUCAGCUCUUCAAAAGAUCACGUGGUUCCUUACAGUGUUUGCUGUCAGCCAACUCUUGAUGUUUGUGCUUUUUUUAUUUUUGUAAUUCUUCUCUUUUUAUUUGUGUUGUAGCUAAACAAGUUAUCACCAGGGCAACAAGGAGGCCCUAAAAAUAAUUGGUUUAAUAAUAUUAAAGCAGAAUUAUGUAUCUUAAUCAUAAUUUCACAAAAUGUUUCUUUUACAUUGUCCUUUUUGCAUACUGACAUUGAAAAUAAAAGCAAAAUAUCAUCAGUGUUAAAAAGAAUGUAUCGUUUAUCCUGUAUCGGUUAUCAGAAAAUAAACAACUUAGUUGUGACCUUCUUA